GCGGAGACAUAGAAUCCCAAGCAGCCUCCAGGCUCCGAGCUGUCAGCCCAGAGCCCGACGCGGGGCUCAAACCCACGAACUGUGACAUCGUGCCCAGAGCCGAAGUCGGACGCCCAACCGACUGAGCCCCUGGUUUUGGUUUUCUAGAGCUGGACAGGCAGUGGAAACCCGAACCGAAACGAGACCACAAUGACACGCGCCUUUACACAUCCACGGUCCACCUUCGCGAGGGCGGUGUCAGCAGCAGGCCCAUGCUAGUUCCCGCGUCCCGUCAUUACAGCACGGUGACAAUAAGAGUAUCUGUCCAGGAUCAGCGGGUUCACGUGCGUGGGAAAGGAGCAGAGGACUCACUUUAAAACUGCCCGCGCAGCCUAUGCUGGCGACGGCGGGAAGCGCGCGCCGAGGGCCCCUCGCUGUGUCUUCCUCCGAAGACGGUCGGAAGCGGCCCAGGUUUCCGAGCUCAGAGAGCCAAACAGGCGCUCUGCUCUGCGUGCUCCUUACAGACAAGUUAACGAGAGAGGCUUUAAACGCUAGACAUUCAUGAGGUCCCCGCUGGCGCUGUCUGCUACACACGACACAACACAGAGCACAGACGUCUCCACGCCCGCCGAGCAAAGCUUGCCGAACGCUUCUCGGUCACUAUGUGACCUGAAGGCUGAGACUGGUCUUUCUCUGCUCUGCUUUUCGGGGUUUCCUUUGGAGCAAGACUCCUGAGCAGGGGUUCGGUGUCUGGUCUGGUUGGGCAACACUUCAAAAGUGAUCCCCGACCGUCUCACAGGGUCAAACAAAAACCCUCGGAAGAAACACAACUCAAGGCCGUUUUAACGCGUCAGGGCCGGCUUCCUCGGCCUCCGUGGGGGCCCCCGGCCCCGGGAGGCCGGGAGCACCCCCAGCGGUGGCGGCCCACACACGGCCGCCGACAGCACUCCCCUCCCUUCCCCCCGACUCUCGGGCCGAGCCGGGUCGCGGUGGGCGGCCUCGGACACGAGACCUGUCGGCGGCUGAGGCUUUUUUAACGCAGUUUCUAGGUUACAGACAUCACUGCAGAAACGUACUCGCUGUUUCAGAUAGUUUAUCAAAAUGCUGAGCGAACACUAUUUCCUAAGUCAAGGACUGUUUUCGGUACUUCAGGUCAUAUCACGAAGAAAGUUCCGUGUGGGGGCACCCGAGCGUGGGGAGCAGGAAAACCUAGAUCUGUUUUCUGUCGCAUCGUGAGAGGCUCUGCUCCAGUUUCCAUCGAGCACCCCGGGUCGGCCAUCUUCACAGACGCUGGGUUUUUCCCUUCCCAUCUUGGUCCUCUUCCCAACAGCUGCCGAAAUAAAUUUGAUUUCCUCUGCUGGCAGAUAGUACUUUUCCUGAGAGUUCCAGACCCAACGGCCGCGUUCCUUCAUGAGCCUGCUGUUCGGCUAUUUUUAAGAAAGGCGCCCACCGCGCGGUAGCAUGACUCACCGCCCAGGCUCCGGUUCGGACUGAGCGGCCCGGGAGCCCUGGGGACAGAAAACGGGGCACUUUCUGCACUUAACUCCCCUCCCUCGGCUCAGUGACAACCACAUCUCCGAGACGCCGGGACCUCACGUCCCGCCCCACCCGUCCCCCCGGGCCACCCGCCGCCACGGCGUCCGUCCUGGCGGGGAGCCGUGAAAGACUCGAGUCACAGACUCACUGCUCUUCCGUCUCUUCCUCUCAGGUGUGCGGGUGGUGAGCGCCACCCGGCGGGCCUGACCGCAGCGGCCGCCGCCCCCCAGGGGCCCAGGCGAGGCGCCGCCCGUGGUGUGGACAUGGAGGGCCUUUUCCGGCUGCCCGGCUGCCCGCGGGACAGACCCGCGCCGCCCCCAGCGCUGCCCGGGAGGAGUUCGGAUCUUGCAAACGCCUGGCUCCCUUCACAGAGCAUCGCCUGUCUUUCCGGAGACGGACUGACUGUUCGCGUCGGGCUUCUGUGAGCCGUGCGGCAGACCUGGACAGCUGUGCCCCCGGGGACACGGACGAGACGCCCCCGGCGCCCGUCUCUGGCAUGGAGACGCACGCGGCCGCUCACAACGGCACCUCCCCGGAGCUCAACCUGUCCCGCACGCUCCCCGGCAGCGUCCUGGCCAACCGGACGGGCGAGCUCUCCGAGCACCAGCAGUACGUGAUCGGGCUUUUCCUGUCCUGCCUGUACACCAUCUUCCUCUUCCCCAUCGGCUUCGUGGGGAACAUCCUGAUACUGGUGGUGAACAUCAGCUUCCGGGAGAAGAUGACCAUCCCCGACUUGUACUUCAUCAACCUGGCGGCGGCCGACCUCAUCCUGGUGGCCGACUCCCUGAUCGAGGUGUUCAACCUGGACGAGCAGUACUACGACAUCGCCGUGCUGUGUACCUUCAUGUCCCUCUUCCUGCAGAUCAACAUGUACAGCAGCAUCUUCUUCCUCACGUGGAUGAGCUUCGACCGCUACCUCGCCCUGGCCAAGGCCGUGCGCUCCGGCCCGUUCCGCACCAAGCACCACGCCCGGCUGAGCUGCGGCCUCAUCUGGAUGGCCUCCGUGUCCGCCACGCUGGUGCCCUUCACCGCGGUGCACCUGCAGCACACGGAGGAGGUCUGCUUCUGCUUCGCGGACGUCAAGGAGAUCCAGUGGCUCGAGGUCACCCUGGGCUUCGUCAUCCCCUUCGCCAUCAUCGGCCUGUGCUACUCGCUCAUCGUCCGGGUCCUCGUCAAGGCUCACAAGCACCGAGGCCUGCGCCCCCGGAGGCAGAAGGCGCUCCGCAUGAUCUUCGCCGUGGUCCUCGUCUUCUUCAUCUGCUGGCUGCCCGAGAACGUGUUCAUCAGCGUUCACCUGCUGCGGCGCACGCAGCCCGGAGCCGCUCCCUGCCAGCAGUCUUUCCGCCACGCCUACCCCCUGACCGGCCACAUCGUCAACCUCGCGGCUUUCUCCAACAGCUGCCUGAACCCCCUCAUCUACAGCUUCCUGGGGGAGACCUUCAGGGACAAACUGAGGCUGUACAUCGAGCAGAAAACCGGCGUGUCGGCCCUGAACCGCUUCUGCCACGCCGCCCUGAAGGCAGUCAUCCCGGACAGCACCGAACAGUCAGACGUGAAGUUCAGCAGCGCGGUGUAGGGCCGGCGGAGCCGGGCCGGCGGAGACCGAACGCCGGGUCGGCCCCGCGGCAAGGCGGAGGAAGGGCUGGGCCGCACGCCACGGCCCGAGCCCGGUCGGAACGUGCCGGACCGUCCGUGCCCCAGCUGCGGGCGCACCUAGGCUCUGAGGAGCCCUCACCGCCAGCCACCUUGACCCCGGGCCGUGCGCACAGCACCGGGGCUCCCCACCCCCGCUCACGGCGGCAGCUCGGGGCGCCGGCGGCUGGGCACGGGGACCAGCGUGGGCUCACGCUCCACUCCACGCCCACUGUGUCCCGUAGCAGAAGACGCGUCUCGCGCCGGCCAAUGAAGGCAGAGAGGAGGGGACGCUCUGGAGGAAAUCCCUCAGUUUUGAGGUCGAGCCGCCAUAAUUCUGCCAUCCUCGGGAAAAAUGAAGUCUGGACAGAACACACUGAGCAGAUCUGACUUGGACGCUGUGGUCCGUUCUCCACGUCUGUGGCACGUGGCUUCCUUGUGGUACGGACAAGUGUGCUCGGGUGAGACAGGAACGGAGAAGCCCUUCUCCCGGCAGCCCGCUCAGAACAGCCGCCCGCCGUCACCGGCUAAGUGACCCUGAGCACCCGAGCUGCCUCUGCCGGAAGGUUCCUCUCCACCCAGAGCCGCCGCUGCCGUCCGGGUCGCCGGCCCACCGCUGCCCGUUUACGGUGUUACCUGCACCCACGCCACCAUGGACCGAGACCGCGAGGGGCAGGUCGGGGCGGGGGGGGGGGGGGGGGGGUGGAGCCAGCGUGCGCGGUACAAAGCUGGCCUCUGGGAACCAUGGCGGGGGCGAAGAUGAAGGCAGCGUAAACCGUUCGCCCUAAAAUGUAGAAGAGAAAACCUCGCGACCGCCAGGAACGGUGAGGCUUUGUCAAUAAA